AAAUAUUUGUAGGUUUUUUUUGACUAAUUAUUUCAGAUUUCAUGCAACAUUUUUUUUUAUGAAUUCAUUCUACAUUUUCUUCAUUUUCAUUUUCUGAAACCAUCCGAUCACAAAGACUCACGUAAUUGAUGAGGAUGUUUUCGCACGUUACAUCACUUACAUAAAACGACAUUUAAAUGUGUUACAAAUUCCAUCUCGAUCAACAUUAAAUUCAUAUUUUUGAUUUCAAGUGAUUUUGGUGGUAUAGCUGGUGGUUCAGCCCAUGUGACUCAUUACAAGCGUGAGCUCAAUGGGGCCGUGUAAUGCUUGACUUGUUUGAUUGUUUAUUUAAUGUCCCCCCUCACCCCCCCCCCCAAAGUCUGGGGGCCAUUAUCUCCUGCUUGUCACCUUGUCUGCGGCUCUGAUGUGUCGUUGAUAACAUCUGCCCGCCUCUAUAUAAAGCCAGACACAUCAGACCUCUGCAUCAUUCCCUCUCCCUCUGGAAUCAUGGAUCUUUCCAGCAUGCUGAUGGUCUUCUCUCUCGUGGCCCGCAGCGGAGCCUUCGACCUGGGCCAGACCACUCGCUGCGUCCCGGUUCCCCAUCAGAUGAGCGUCUGUCAGGACGUGCCGUAUUCUGAAAUGAGACUGCCUAACCUCUUGGGUCACAGCAGCGUUGAAGAAGCGCUUCCUCGAUCUGAAGAGUGGAAAACACUGCUUCAUACCGGCUGCCAUCCUCAGGCCAGGGCUUUCGUUUGCUCUCUCAUCGCUCCCGUGUGUCUGGACAGGUUCAUUCAGCCCUGUCGUAGCGUGUGCCGGGCCGUACGGGAGAGCUGCGCACCAGUGCUGGCCUGUCACGGACACGCUUGGCCUGAAGCUCUAGACUGUGAGCGCUUUCCAGAGCAGGACGACACGUGUCUGACUCCUCUGCCCAAACACAUCAGCGCUUUCUCGAAAGAAUUUCCUCAGCCCGCCUGCCAAAACUGUCCACCCGUGGAAGAAGUGCCGUCUCUGAAAACUGUGAUGGACGCUCUCUGUCUGAAUGACUUUGCCGUGAAAGCCAAGAUCUCCCGCCGUCGUCUGCCCUCCUCAGACCCAGAGCUGAUGGUGGAGGGACACGUGGAGUUUAUCCAGCGAGGUCCUCUGCUCCCCUACGACACCGCCAGUCUCCUGCAGCGCUGGCUCCUCAUCAACCUCAGAUGUGCUCACACGCUGGUCCGGCCCGGACGCGCUCAGCUCUACCUCAUCACCGGAACCAUGAGGCCCAACGGGUCCAUCGAGGUGUCCAACCUCUUCCCGUGGCUCAAAAAAGACCUCCACAUCACCGCCGCGACACGCAAAUGGAAACACCACAAGUGCUGAAACAAGAGUAAAAGAGAGAAUUUAACAUACCUGAAAUGAUGCCAAUACAGAGAGGCUUUUAAACACAAGAGGAAAGGUUUCAGGUUAAAAAUGAAUGGGGCAACUCUCUACUGCCCCCGUCUGGCGGGGCGUG